AUGGUUAAUUUACUAAUUAGGACACCAAAGAUUGAUAUAUCAGAACUUGAGAAUCUUUUCUCAGCUGCAAUUCCCCCUAACAAGAAUGCUGCAAAAUCAAAAUCUGCUCCAAUUGCUAAUAAACCAGAAAAAGUCCGACUGAUUGAUCAUAGACGAGCAUACAACUGUGAGAUCAUGCUUUCAAAGGUGAAGAUACCUUUGCAUGAACUAAUGGUCACAAGAAUUAUCGGAGCAGGGGUUCAUUAG